AGCUGUCAGAGUCGCUGCGCAUGCGUCGGAAGAUCCUGUGGCUAUUUAAUCUGAAAAAGAGUAAAUUUGUACACACGCCUGAUUACUACCUAAGUUUCUUACUUCCUUCUGCCUUCUAACUUAUCGAACAAGGUCGCAGGUUCUCGACAAAUGGUCUGAUUGCAAUGCGGAUGUAAUGCAAGUCUGAGCUUGGCACUAAUUUGCGUUCCAGUCUGCCGAGUGCGAGGCAUCGUUUUGCAGGUUAAGAUUAUAGAGUUAUCGACCGCUUCGAGGUCUAUGAAGUAUAAAAGAGUAACUUCGCGAGGGCUGACGACCUGGUGCUUGACGCAAUUCGCCUGAGACUCGCACUCGUGACAUCGCGAGGAAAAUAUUCCCAGGAUGACGUCCAUCAUAAAGCUUCACGCUAUCUCCGGGGCGAUGAAUGAAUCUCCACCCUGCUACAUACUGCAAGUGGACGAGCUGAGGAUACUGUUGGAUUGCGGGUGGGAUGAAAAUUUCGACCAGGACUUCAUAAAAGAAUUGAAGAGACAUGUGCAUCAGAUAGAUGCGGUGUUGCUCUCGUAUCCGGAUCCAUUGCAUUUGGGUGCGCUGCCGUACCUGGUAGGCAAGUGUGGCAUGAUCUGUCCCAUUUACGCCACCAUACCUGUCUACAAAAUGGGCCAAAUGUUUAUGUACGAUAUGUAUCAGUCCCGUCACAAUAUGGAGGACUUUGAUCUGUUCACUCUAGACGACGUCGAUGCGGCGUUUGACAAGAUUGUCCAGCUGAAAUACAACCAAAGCAUAUCGAUGAAAGGGAAGGGCUACGGUGUUACGCUGACGCCUUUGCCGGCGGGACACAUGAUCGGCGGGACAAUUUGGAAGAUUGUGAAGAUCGGGGAGGAGGAUAUAAUAUACGCCGUGGACUUUAAUCACAAAAAGGAACGCCACUUGAACGGCUGUGAAUUGGAGAGGUUGCAAAGGCCGUCGCUGCUGAUAACAGACGCGUUCAAUGCCACGUAUCAGCAGGCCAGACGAAGAACGAGGGACGAGAAGUUGAUGACAAAUAUCUUGCAAACGUUGCGAGGCGGUGGCAACGUAUUGGUCAGCGUAGAUACGGCUGGCCGUGUACUGGAGCUGGCGCACAUGCUGGACCAGCUGUGGCGCAACAAGGAGUCCGGAUUGCUCGCCUAUUCGUUGGCGCUCCUUAAUAACGUGAGCUACAACGUUGUAGAAUUCGCAAAGUCGCAGAUCGAAUGGAUGAGCGACAAAUUGAUGAGAAGCUUCGAAGGUGCGCGCAACAAUCCGUUUCAAUUUAAACACUUGCAGCUCUGCCACAGUAUGGCCGAAUUGAAUCAGGUCCCGAGUCCAAAGGUGGUUCUUGCAAGUACACCCGAUAUGGAGUGCGGAUUUUCCCGAGAAUUAUUUCUCCAAUGGUGCACCAAUCCACAGAACAGUAUUAUAUUAACGAGUAGGACAUCCCCCGGCACGCUUGCCAGAGACUUGGUAGAGAAGGGAGGUAAUCGAAACAUUACGCUAGAUGUGAGGAGACGAGUGAAACUCGAGGGUGUCGAGCUGGAGGAGUAUCAGAAGAGAGAAAAGCUGAAGCAGGAACAGAUGAAGCAGGAGCAGAUGGAAACUGCGGAUGUGAGUUCCGAGUCGGAGGACGAGAUAGAAGUCGGUAGUGGCAGGGGAAAGCACGAUCUACUGGUGAAGCAAGAGACUAAGCCUGGCUUUUUUAAACAGAGUAAGAAGCAACAUCCUAUGUUCCCGUUUGUGGAGGAAAAGAUUAAGCUAGACGAAUAUGGAGAGAUCAUAAAACCGGAAGAUUAUAAAAUAGCGGAGGCUGUACCCGAGGUAGAAGAUAACAAGGAAAACAUAGAACUGAAGCAGGAGGAAGCCAAUUACCAUCCAGAAGUAGCCAUGGAUAUUCCGACGAAAUGCGUACAAAUUUCGCGUACGAUGACCGUUAACGCGGCGGUGACGUACAUAGAUUUUGAGGGUAGAUCCGACGGCGAGUCCCUCCAGAAAAUCUUGGCGCAGCUAAGGCCGAGAAGAGUUGUCUUGGUCAGAGGUUCGCCUAAAGAUACGGAGAUACUAGCGCAGCAAGCGCAGAGCACCGGCGCGAGAGUAUUUAUCCCGGGCAGAGGGGAGACUCUAGACGCCACGACGGAAACUCAUAUUUAUCAAGUACGUUUGACCGACGCUCUGGUGAGCGGAUUGAAUUUCUCGAAGGGUAAGGGCGAGUCCGAAGUGGCAUGGAUAGACGCGAUGAUCACGGCGCGCGAUCAGGUUUGUCGGGACGCCAUCGCCGAUACCAAAGCCGAGAGCGCGAUUGACGAAAGUGACAAGAUACUGACUUUGGAACCGCUGCCAAUGAACGAGGUUCCCGGCCAUCAAACAACGUUCAUAAAUGAGUUAAAGCUGUCUGACUUUAAACAGAUCUUGAACAGGAGUAACAUUCCGUCGGAAUUUAGCGGAGGAGUACUGUGGUGUUGCAAUAAUACCAUCGCCGUUAGAAGGCACGAAGCUGGGAAGGUAAUAUUGGAAGGCUGCAUUUCCGAGGAUUACUACAAAGUACGGGAGCUGCUGUACGAACAGUAUGCGAUUGUAUAGAUUGUACAAUGUACACAAUGCAGAUUAGGAGAUUGCGUUUAUAAUAUAUUAGGUUGGCAAAUAAGUCCGUUUUUUAAGAAUGAAAUAAUACAAUUUAUUGAUAAACAAA